CAAUUGAGUUUCCUAGAAGCAUACGAGCUUCCUUUUUUUCCUAGUGAUCCAACAUCUUGAUCUUCGUUUUCUUUUCUUUUGGGAGCUAUGAACACGAUCCCAUAUUCCAUUGUUGGGAGAGAUCGACCAUGGCACUCGCAUCCCCAUAUCAAUAUCUGAUCCUUCAUUGUGAACACUUACACCAUUCCAUCUGAGUCCACUAACACCUUGAUUCUGCACGCUAACGUCAAACAACACGAGCACCGCCGCGGCCCGCGAGAAGACUCCGGCUAGCCAAGAAAUAGAAACCAAAGAGAGAGGAGAGAGCGUUUCAUAACAAAAAUUUUUUUUUGUUAGGAUCUAAAUUUCAGUGAUUUACUUCACUAGUUAAUUCAUUAAAGGGUCGUUUGGAAGUUGUGAUUGUAAGAAUUGUGUUUGUUGAAUACAUGUAUUGUGCACAAUACAAUGUUUGGAAGUGCCAAAAUGUAAAACCAUGCAUGCAUUGUUUUAGGUAGGUCCCACCAAUAAUCACAAAAAAUGAUGCAUUAUACAAUCUCAACUAAAAGUUGUGAUUGUUGCUUUUAGAUUUGUGUCAAACUUUUUCUUUUCAUUUAUAUCCCAAUAGUUUUUGUCUUAUACUAAAAGUUGAGGGUAAAUAUUACAUUUUCCCAUAAAGUAACUUUAUGUAAAUCAAUGCAUAAAGUAGAAUCUCAACAAUCAAACAAUGUAUUGUUAUAAUGCAUUCAUUGUAUCAAUACAUGCAUUUACAUUAUAGUGAUUCAUUAUAAUGCAACGAUUUAACAUUAGCAACUUCAGUCAGCUAAAUUACUGUUGGUAUUCGCGCCAAGAGUAUCCAAUUUCGUGCUCCAAAAUUCCCAAUUCCCGCGUGUCACCACGAUUCACUUAUUAGCAUGGUUGUCAUGCCGGUUGCAUGCCACCCGGUUGAACCUGGUUCAACCUGUGUCGGUCAUGAAACCGGCAUGACACCACCGGUAUGACCGGUAUGAUCGACUUAACCAUUCUAAGUAAAAUGACAUCAUUUUAAUGAAUUUAAUGAAUAAAAAAAUUAAUUUAUUAUUCAUUUUAUGAAUGUAAUAGUUAAAAGUUGAUGAUAUUUGUUGGAUUGUAACUAAAUUGUCCACAAAUAUGUUUUAUAUAUGAUUAGAUACAUUGGAUAUUAAUUGUUUUCACAUUUUUUUAAACCGGCAUGAACCGGCACAAACUGGUUAUACCACUGGUUAUACUAUUCCACUUGCCAAACCGGCACAACUGUAUAAACCGGUUUGACAACCUUGCUUAGGUUUUAUUUUCCCCAAAUCAAUUUUGGGAGAACAAAAGAAAAGAUUUAAGGGCCACGAGAUCAAAGCUCCAUCGCGGCCGCAGUAGCCCGCCAGUCAUGACUGCCGGCGCCGGCUGGACAGUAAAGUAAGUGCAGCUUCUGCUUACUUUGCUGCUUAAACUUCAACCAAUCAAAACUCAGGCAGGUAAGGUUUCAACUCAUCUAAUUUCUCUCCAUAAAACAAAAGGACGAAUCUUUCUUACCCGCUGUUCAAAACCCAAUUCCCGGAAUUGCAUGAACUGGUCGGCUUGCCGAGUGGGUUAAAACCCCCUCCUGCUUCAACUCCGCUCGUACUUUUCCCAGCCCGUCUUUGAUUAUUCGUGAAUGGGAUUGCCUGCGGCUUCUGUGAAUUGGUUUUGCCCUAAAUCGACAUGGUAAUUUCCACAAACAAGCUCCACAGCAGUACAAUCGAACGAAGAGGAUCUAACCCAACAACAGAGACCAUCGAUCAUCACCAAUGUAUCUGAGAUUCCCCUAUGCUUGUCUACGAGAAAAGGAAGCGUUCUCAACCAUCAACCAUUGCUAUUGCCUCUGAGAUUACAACGCCUAUGCAUGUGUAUAAGAGAAGGAAGCCUUCACAACCAUUAACCAGCACCAAUGUGGCUGAGGUUACAGCGCCUAUGCAUGUCAACAAAAGAAGGAAGCUUUCACAGCCAUCAACCAGCACUGAUGUAUCUGAGAUUACCGCGCCUGUGCUUUGCUACAAAAGAAGGAAGCUCUUAAAACGAUCAACCAUCACCGAUGUAUCUAACAUUACAGCCCCUAAACUUGUCUACAAAAGAAGGAAGCUUUCCCACCCAUCCCCUAUGCUUGUCUACAAUAGAAGAAAAGUGAAAAGGGGUAAGCACCCUUCCCCUUCUUCACUGAGUCACAGUGUGAAUGAUAGUUGCUCUUCGUCACCAUCAAGAUCGAAUGUGGAGUUCAAUUCGGUGUGGAUGGGUAAAGAAAUGGAAGAUGAUACAGCUGAGUGCUCUUCUUCCUCUGCAUCUGAGAGGGAUAUUGCAUUUCGAUUCUUGUAGGGGCUCCUACGUCCGGAAUGCGAAUUGGUGGCAUGGCUUGUAGGCGGUGCAGGGUUUGUUCUCGUUCAGAUUCCACAAAAAGGAUGCUGCUUUGUGAUGAUUGUGAGGCGGCAUUUCACUUGUCUUGCAUCAGUCCUAAAAUAAGCGUAGUCCCUGUCGAUGAGUGGUUUUGUUAUUCCUGUUUGAAGCAGAAGAAACCAAAGGUGUGGAAGGAAGCGAGUGAAUGUGCUUAUACUAUCCAUGGAGUGAGUGGAUCUUUGAGAUCUGUGUCUGCAAGUGGAUCGGGUCCUGUUGACAUGAUGCUGAGUGAUGAUGAGCCAUAUGCUAGCCGUGUUCAUGUUGGUAAAAGGUUUCAAGCUGAAGUUCCAGACUGGUCGGUGCAGUUUUGUAGAAUGUAUCAUGUCUGAUUUUUCAAUCACAAGGGAAAGUGAGGCCAUAAUGCCUGUCCUAUGUAUGCAAGGUGUUGAUGUGACUUGAAUCGGACUAUCAGCCGCUACGACUGGUAAUCGGGAUGGGCUCAAUGUUAUUUGGGUUCGGGUUAUGGGCCUGGUCUGUAACCGUUUCCUUUGCCAGAUUGGAUUAGGUUUAGACCCACAUGGAGAAGUACUAUAAAUACUUCUCAUACUCCUCUGUAAUCUGUAAUCUCCUCGAUACAGUGAAACUGACUCUCUCUCGCCCGUGGACGUAGCUAACACACAUCGUGUUAGUGAACCACGUAAAUCGUGUGUCGUGUUUUCGAUUCACGCUUUCGUAUUCUUGCUUUGUCGAUUCCUGCGAUUUCCCGAUCCGUAGCAGCGCGUUUAUAACACAAGGGAACCAUUUUUUUCUUCUUUUUUCACCUUUUUAACUGGAAUGAAGCUAAGAUAAAUAGAUUACCAGAUAUGAUGGUUUAGAAUGCAUUAAAUUUGUUGGUCGAUUGCUUCAAGGGAUAUAAGUUUCUUGCGGUUUCCAUGUUUCUUAUGCACGUCCUGAUGGAAUGAAAAUCAAUUUCUACUGUACCUUUUUCUUUCUAUGUUGCUUUCAUAGUAAAGGAAACCGGAUAGUACCGGCCGGUUGAACCGGUAAAACCGGAAACCGGCGCCUGGCCGGUACGGUAGCCGUUUUGUAGUAAAGGAGCCGUUCCGGGAGGUUUUUCCGGUAAAACCGGUUUAAUUCAAAAAACCGCCCGAUUUUGGUCUAACCGGGGGUAAGCUGCUGGGAAGAGUUGAGCGGCGAUCGAGAAGCUAUAGGUCGGAGACUUCAACUGGCUGGUGGAAACAGGGGAGAUCGGCGGAGACGCAAAGGAGGUCGACGGGAUCUGUGAAGCUACCAGUUGUUGUUGAUGAUGAUUUCCUGUUGAGCAAUUUCUUCGGGGUGAUCGAAAGCGAAACCAGGACCAUCGAUUUGGGAAGCAGAUAAAACGAAGAAAGUGAAGGGGGAUUCACAAGUGGGUUUGGAAUUGGAUUGAAAGAAUUUCCAAUUCACAAUCACAAUAGAGAAGAAGAGGAUAAAGCUCGACUUUGGAUAUGGGUACCGGGAAGGCUAAAGCUUCGAUCAAUCACAUGCAGCUACAAGCUCCCCCAAGCCCAGAGAGGGGGGAACGAUUUCUUCUGGUUAUUGAUGAGAGAGAGAGAGAGAGUAGCGGCCCGGAAGAAACAAAAGGGAAAAUGGGGGUUCACGUGUGGUGGGGAAUGGUGAUUUAGGUUUAGGAAUUUAUUUAAUGCUAAAUAUAUAUUUAUCUUAAAUGUAAUUACUAAUAUGUUACUUAAAAAUUAGAUUAUAAAUCAGUCAUCAAAUC